AUGGGAUAUUGUGGUUUGCAGAUCAGAUCAGAGGACGGUAUUCCCCUUUCAGGUGUCCUCCUGUCUCUGAGUGGGGGACAGUUUCGCUCCAACCUGCUGACUCAGGACACCGGCCUGCUCACCUUCAAUAACCUGAGUCCCGGUCAGUACUACUUCAAGCCCAUGAUGAAGGAGUUCCGCUUUGAGCCGGCGUCUCAGAUGAUCGCAGUGGAGGAGGGUCAGAACCUCAGUAUUGAUAUCACUGGCAUCAAGACUGCUUACAGCUGCUACGGAGCCGUGCAGUCUCUGAGCGGGGACGCAGAGAGAGACGUUGCCGUGGAGGCGGUGGGACAGGCAGACUGUAGCAUCUACAGCGAGGACACCGUCACCGAUCAAGAGGGGCGCUUCAGACUCAGGGGUCUGCUGCCGGGUUGCAAAUAUCUCAUUCAGCUGCGAGCUGAAGGCAACGACCACAUAGAGAGGGCCUUACCACAAUACAGAGCAGUAGAGGUCGGCAGCAAUGACAUUGAAGGGGUCAACAUCAUCGCCUUCAGACAAAUCAAUCAGUUUGACCUCAGUGGAAACGUCCACACGUCCCCUGAACACCUCGCAACACUAUCGGUAGCACUGCUGGGCUUAUCUUCUCAAUAGGCGCUUUCACACCGG